CUCCUCGUGGAGUACAAUGUAAGGCAGGUGGUUAGAGCGUUGGACUAGUAAUCGGAAGGUUUCAAAAACAAAUCCCCGAACUGACAAGGUAAAAAUCUGUCGUUCUGCCCCUGAACAAGGCAGUUAACCCACCAUUCCUAGGCCGUCAUUGAAAAUAAGAAUGUGUUCUUAACUGACUUGCCUAGUUAAAUAAAGGUGUAAAAAAAACGGCCAAAUCGGUGUCCAAAAAUACAGAUUUUCUAUUGUUAUGAAAACUUGAAAUCGGCCCUAAUUAAUCGGCCAUUCCGAUUAAUCGGUCGACCUCUAAUGCGUACGUGUCACGUAAAGAGAGCAGUUGUUUAGGGAAUGUUUUUCCUAAACAAAUUAGAGAUUUCGGUAACAACUUUUCAGUCAGAAAUGGCUGUAAUUAUGUUGCAGCUUCAGCAACAUGGACAGCAGGAGAAACACUAAUGUUCUGUGGUGGUUGUUGCAGCAGGGAGGAGAAAGAGACAAUAUGUGCAAGUCACACAGUCACUUGCUGUCAUUUUUUUAACACAGUGCAGAAAGUCUGAACCUGGCCCGACAAAAUCGAAUAAAUUGCGGUCAAACUCCCUAUAGUCAUUUGUGUGUCUUAAUUGUUUCAUCAAACAUUGCGCUUAAAGCAUCAGACAAGCUCAGUGCAUAUUUUUAUUUUUGGCUCACCUGUUUUGGGGGAGUUUCUCCCCUUUGUCUCUGCUGAUCCUCUUAAGCUCUGUCAGGUUGGAUGGAGAGCGUCGCUGCACAGCUAUUUUCAGGUCUCUCCAGAGAUGUUCGAUCAGGUUCAAGUCCGGAGUGGCUUUGCAGAGGCCGGGCCACUGAAGGACAUUCUGAGAUUUGUUGUGAAGCAACUGCGGGUGAACCUGUCACUUACAGCAGAUGGGUGCAGUGAAAUGUGUUGUUUUACAGGGUCAGCCAUAGUAGUAUGCUGCCCCUGGAGCAAAUUAGAGUUGAGUGCCUUGCUCAAGGGCACGUCGACAGCUUUUACACCUUGUCAGCUCAGGUAUUAGAACCAGAAAUCCUUUGGUUACAGGCCCAAUGCUCUAACCACUAGGCUACAUUGACACCAGUGUAGCAAAUUGGGGUUAGGGCCCAUGUCUAAUUUUCUACCGUAUGGAUAUUGCCAAAGAUAACAUUUAUUGUGAUCUCUGAUGUACCACAAAUCUGAAAGACCUUUAACAGGCUUGUUAUAAUUGCAUUCAUGUUCAAACAAUUCCUGGCUGGCCUUGUGUAUUGGUAGACAAAUGACCUUUCUCCCCCCCCUGGGAACCAGCUUUGGUGUGUUGCUAUACUGUUUCUAUACAGAAGUGGUUCCGUUCUUAUCACAUGAUGGUCACCAGCAGCAGAUAGUUGCUGCUGUCAUUAAUACAGUGCUUUAGACAGCAGCCUACUACUCUCUGCUUGGGUAUUUCUUAUCUCUUUUUAUUUUCAACACUCAGGCAUACUGUUGGCAAAGUAACUCGCUAAUAAAGCCAGGUGUUGUCAUACUCAACAUGUUUGGAAACUCUUAAUCAGGCUAUACAAUUAUUUAACUUGUGUAGCCUAUUUCUUUUUGACAGGAAGCAGGGUAAAAAACCAUAGGUAUACAUUUUUGAAUACACCAGAGACUGUGGCUGGUUCACCAAAAAGGGUCAUGCUCUGCAGGAAGUACAAGAUAUUAGUCAUUUAAUCAUGUAUUAGAUGCCCACGUCGCCAGUUUGAGGUUGAAUAUUUCAAAACACUCAUCCAGUGAUGUGUCCAUAUAUGUUUUGUGUGGUUAUAUUCCAGCUAGCAGCCAAUGGAGAGCAUGGCUCACUCAAAGGGUCGGGCCACAGAUGGCAAGAUCACCUAUCCGCCCGGGGUGAAGGAGAUCUCGGACAAGAUCUCCUUGGAGGAGUUGGUCCGCAGGCUCAAGGAUCGACAGUGCCGAGGUGGACCACAGUGAGAACGAGGAUAUCACGGUCAUGAAGAGUCUGGCUGCUCAGGACGACGACAGAAAGCCCGGCCCGGGGACGCAAAUGAGGGGCAGCCGCUGCCAGCCAGGACGACAAGGCAGGCCAGGAGGCCAAGCCCAAACGAGGGUGGAGGAAGGAGCCGGCGGCUAACACCAGCAUGGGUGUGGGGGAGGAGCCGUGGGCCGAGACCAAUGCCGCAGACACCACCCUGGAGACGAAAGACGAGCAGAACAAUCCUCCCAAAAGAGGUCGCAGGAGACGGCCCCCCAAGGCUGCUGCGCCCAAUAAUGACAGACUUACCAAGGGCAUGAGGGGCCGGAAGAAGGCUGCGUGUCAAGCUGAGGAGGAAGAUGGCAGCAGUGAGAACAUGGAAGUGAAGCCCACGGUGCAGAGAGGAGGCAGGGCACCACGGAGGCCGCAGCAGAGACUGGAGGCCUCAGAGGCCACAGACGACUCUGCAGAAUCCAUGCCACAGAAAAGACGGGGGAGACCUCCCAAAGCACAGCAACAUUCAGCCAAGAAAAAUCUGUAACUGUGGCAUUUUCUUCAACUUCAUUCAUUAUCCUUUAUAUUUUGAAUUAAUUCAGUGCCUUGCAUGAGUUACAGACUUGCUGUUUGCAGGUUUUUGUUUUGUUUUGUUUUGACUUCAAUGUCAACCCUGUUACUCAGUGAGGAGCAGGCUGUUGUUUUGCUGUUGUACAAUGACCUGCUGUGUGUUUCAGGCGCACAGGGCGUUUGAGUAAAGAGAACGAGUCCGAGGUGGAGGAGAUGGAGAUGUCUCAGAGCCAGGAAGAGGAGGAGAGCAAGACCACA